GCAGCGAGGAAGUCUGCAAGCGAGGGUUCACCGUGAUCGUGGACAUGCGCGGGUCCAAGUGGGACUCCAUCAAGCCCCUCCUGAAGAUCCUGCAGGAGUCCUUCCCCUGCUGCAUCCACGUGGCGCUGAUCAUCAAGCCCGAUAACUUCUGGCAGAAACAGAGGACCAACUUUGGCAGUUCCAAGUUCGAAUUUGAGACAAGCAUGGUGUCCUUGGAGGGCCUCACCAAGGUCGUGGACCCCUCGCAGCUGACGCCCGAGUUCGACGGCUGCCUGGAGUACAACCACGAGGAGUGGAUCGAGAUCCGGGUGGCCUUCGAGGACUACGUCAGCAAUGCCACCCACAUGCUGUCCCGCCUGGAGGAGCUGCAGGACAUCCUGGCCAAGAAGGAGCUGCCGCAGGACCUGGAGGGGGCCCGCGCCAUGAUCGAGGACCACUCCCAGCUGAAGAGGAAGGUCAUCAAGGCGCCCAUCGAGGACCUGGACCUGGAGGGGCAGAAGCUGCUGCAGAGGAUACAGAGCAGCGACAGCUUCCCCAGAAAGAACUCGGGCUCUGGCAAUGCCGACCUGCAGAACCUGCUGCCCAGGGUGUCCACCAUGCUGGACCGGCUGCACUCCACCCGGCAGCACCUGCACCAGAUGUGGCACGUCCGCAAGCUGAAGCUGGACCAGUGCUUCCAGCUGCGGCUCUUUGAGCAGGACGCCGAGAAGAUGUUUGACUGGAUCACGCACAACAAGGGCCUGUUUCUGAACAGCUACACAGAGAUCGGGACCAGCCACCCGCACGCCAUGGAGCUGCAGACACAGCACAACCACUUUGCGAUGAACUGCAUGAACGUCUACGUGAACAUCAACCGCAUCAUGUCGGUAGCGAACCGCCUGGUGGAGUCGGGCCACUACGCCUCGCAGCAGAUCAAGCAGAUCGCAAACCAGCUGGAGCAGGAAUGGAAGGCAUUCGCGGCCGCCCUGGACGAGCGUAGCACCCUGCUGGACAUGUCCUCCAUCUUCCACCAGAAGGCCGAGAAGUAUAUGAGCAACGUGGAUUCCUGGUGCAAAGCCUGCGGCGAGGUGGACCUGCCCUCCGAGCUGCAGGACCUGGAGGACGCCAUUCACCACCACCAGGGCAUUUACGAGCACAUCACGCUGGCUUAUUCCGAGGUGAGCCAGGACGGGAAGUCGCUCCUGGACAAGCUGCAGCGACCCCUGACGCCCGGCAGCUCCGACUCCCUGACGGCCUCUGCCAACUACUCCAAGGCGGUGCACCAUGUGCUGGACGUCAUCCACGAGGUGCUGCACCACCAGCGGCAGCUCGAGAACAUCUGGCAGCACCGCAAGGUCCGGCUGCACCAGCGGCUGCAGCUCUGUGUCUUCCAGCAGGAUGUGCAGCAGGUGCUGGACUGGAUCGAGAACCACGGAGAAGCGUUUCUGAGCAAGCACACGGGCGUGGGGAAGUCGCUGCACCGAGCCAGAGCUUUGCAGAAACGGCAUGAGGAUUUCGAAGAGGUGGCUCAGAACACCUACACGAAUGCAGAUAAGUUGCUAGAAGCGGCCGAGCAGCUGGCCCAGACCGGGGAGUGCGACCCGGAGGAGAUCUACCAGGCAGCGCAUCAGCUGGAAGACCGUAUCCAGGACUUUGUGCGCCGCGUGGAGCAGCGCAAGGUCCUGCUGGACAUGUCGGUGUCCUUCCACACCCAUGUGAAGGAGCUGUGGACCUGGCUGGAGGAGCUGCAGAAGGAGCUGCUGGACGACGUGUACGCCGAGUCCGUGGAGGCCGUGCAGGACCUCAUCAAGCGCUUCGGCCAGCAGCAGCAGACAACCUUGCAAGUGACCGUCAACGUCAUCAAGGAGGGCGAGGACCUCAUCCAGCAGCUGAGGGACUCGGCCAUCUCCAGCAACAAGACCCCCCACAACAGCUCCAUCAGCCACAUCGAGACGGUGCUGCAGCAGCUGGACGAGGCCCAGUCGCAGAUGGAAGAGCUCUUCCAGGAGCGCAAGAUCAAGCUGGAGCUCUUCCUGCAGCUGCGCAUCUUCGAGAGGGACGCCAUCGACAUCAUCUCCGACCUCGAGUCCUGGAACGACGAGCUUUCUCAGCAGAUGAACGGCUUCGACACCGAGGACCUCACCAUCGCCGAGCAGCGGCUCCAGCACCACGCAGACAAGGCCCUGACCAUGAACAACCUGACCUUCGACGUCAUCCACCAAGGGCAGGACCUCCUGCAGUACGUCAACGAAGUGCAGGCCUCGGGUGUGGAGCUGCUCUGUGACAGAGACGUGGACAUGGCCACCCGGGUCCAGGACCUGCUGGAGUUUCUUCACGAAAAGCAGCAGGAACUGGACUUGGCUGCGGAACAGCACCGGAAGCACCUGGAGCAGUGUGUCCAGCUCCGCCACCUGCAGGCCGAGGUGAAGCAGGUGCUGGGAUGGAUCCGCAACGGGGAGUCCAUGCUGAAUGCUGGCCUCAUCACAGCCAGCUCCCUUCAGGAGGCCGAGCAGCUGCAGCGUGAGCAUGAGCAAUUCCAGCAUGCCAUCGAGAAAACGCACCAGAGUGCACUGCAGGUGCAGCAGAAGGCGGAAGCCAUGCUGCAGGCCAACCAUUAUGACAUGGACAUGAUCAGGGACUGCGCCGAGAAGGUGGCCUCCCACUGGCAGCAGCUGAUGCUCAAGAUGGAAGACCGCCUCAAGCUCGUCAACGCCUCUGUCGCCUUCUACAAAACCUCGGAGCAGGUCUGCAGUGUCCUUGAGAGCCUGGAGCAGGAGUAUAAGAGGGAAGAGGACUGGUGUGGGGGCGCCGACAAGCUGGGCCCCAAUUCUGAGACAGACCACGUCACGCCCAUGAUCAGCAAGCACCUGGAGCAGAAGGAAGCUUUCCUGAAGGCCUGCACGCUGGCCAGGAGGAAUGCGGACGUCUUCCUGAAAUACCUGCACCGGAACAGUGUGAACAUGCCCGGCAUGGUGACGCACAUCAAGGCUCCCGAGCAGCAAGUCAAAAAUAUCUUGAACGAACUCUUCCAGCGGGAAAACAGGGUGUUGCACUACUGGACCAUGAGAAAGAGGCGGCUGGACCAGUGCCAACAGUAUGUGGUCUUCGAGAGAAGUGCCAAGCAGGCUUUGGAGUGGAUCCAUGACAGCGGGGAGUUCUACCUGUCCACGCACACGUCCACAGGUUCCAGCAUACAGCACACCCAGGAGCUGCUGAAGGAACAUGAGGAGUUUCAAAUCACGGCCAAGCAAACCAAAGAGCGAGUGAAGCUGUUGAUACAGCUGGCCGACGGCUUUUGUGAAAAGGGGCAUGCCCACGCAGCAGAGAUAAAAAAAUGUGUCACCGCCGUGGAUAAGCGCUACAGGGACUUCUCUCUGCGCAUGGAAAAGUACAGGAGCUCUUUGGAGAAAGCCCUGGGGAUCUCUUCCGAUUCCAACAAAUCGAGUAAAAGCCUUCAGCUGGACAUCAUCCCGGCCAGCACCCCCGGGUCCGAGGUGAAGCUCCGGGACGCGGCCCACGAGCUGAACGAGGAGAAGCGGAAGUCGGCCCGCAGGAAAGAGUUCAUCAUGGCGGAGCUCAUCCAGACGGAGAAGGCCUACGUGAGGGAUCUGCGGGAGUGUAUGGAUACCUACCUGUGGGAGAUGACCAGCGGUGUGGAAGAGAUCCCGGCCGGCAUUGUCAAUAAGGAGCUCAUCAUCUUCGGCAACAUGCAGGAGAUCUACGAGUUCCACAACAACAUUUUUCUGAAGGAGCUGGAAAAAUAUGAGCAGUUGCCAGAGGACGUCGGCCAUUGCUUUGUCACCUGGGCAGACAAGUUUCAGAUGUAUGUCACUUACUGCAAAAAUAAGCCUGACUCCACGCAGCUGAUCUUAGAGCACGCGGGCUCCUAUUUUGAUGAGAUUCAGCAGCGGCACGGAUUGGCCAACUCGAUCUCUUCCUACCUUAUCAAGCCAGUACAGCGAAUCACCAAGUACCAGCUCCUUUUAAAAGAGCUGCUCACCUGCUGUGAAGAGGGGAAGGGGGAGAUCAAGGACGGCCUGGAGGUGAUGCUCAGCGUGCCAAAACGAGCCAACGACGCCAUGCACCUCAGCAUGCUGGAAGGGUUCGAUGAAAACAUUGAGUCUCAGGGAGAACUCAUCCUGCAGGAAUCCUUCCAAGUGUGGGACCCCAAAACCUUAAUCCGGAAGGGCCGAGAGCGGCACCUCUUCCUCUUUGAAAUGUCCCUCGUGUUCAGUAAGGAGGUCAAAGAUUCCAGUGGGAGGAGCAAGUACCUGUACAAGAGCAAACUGUUUACCUCAGAGCUGGGCGUCACAGAGCACGUUGAAGGAGAUCCUUGCAAGUUUGCACUAUGGGUAGGGAGGACGCCGACGUCGGAUAAUAAGAUUGUCCUGAAGGCCUCCAGCAUAGAGAACAAGCAGGACUGGAUCAAGCACAUCCGGGAAGUCAUCCAGGAGAGGACCAUCCACCUGAAGGGAGCCCUCAAGGAGCCCAUCCACAUCCCCAAAACCGCCCCGGCCGCGCGGCAGAGGGGCCGGAGGGAUGGAGAAGACUUGGACAGCCAAGGGGAUGGCAGCAGCCAGCCAGACACCAUCUCCAUUGCCUCCCGGACAUCGCAGAACACGCUGGACAGUGACAAGCUCUCGGGCGGCUGCGAGCUGACGGUGGUCAUCCACGACUUCACAGCCUGCAACAGCAACGAGCUGACCAUCCGCCGGGGCCAGACGGUGGAGGUUCUGGAGCGGCCCCACGACAAGCCCGACUGGUGCCUGGUGCGGACCACCGACCGCUCCCCCGCGGCAGAAGGCCUGGUCCCCUGCGGCUCCCUGUGCAUUGCCCACUCUCGGAGCAGCAUGGAAAUGGAGGGGAUCUUCAACCACAAAGACUCACUCUCUGUCUCCAGUAACGACGCCAGCCCCCCAGCAUCUGUGGCAUCCCUUCAGCCCCACAUGAUCGGGGCCCAAAGCUCGCCGGGCCCCAAGCGCCCAGGGAACACCCUGCGGAAGUGGCUCACGAGCCCCGUGCGGCGCCUCAGCAGCGGCAAGGCCGAUGGGCACGUGAAGAAGCUGGCCCACAAGCACAAGAAGAGCCGGGACGUCCGCAAGAGCGCCGACGCGGGCUCGCAGAAAGACUCGGAUGACAGUGCGGCCACACCGCAGGACGAGACCGUCGAGGAGAGGGGCCGGAACGAGGGUCUGAGCAGCGGCACCCUGUCCAAGUCCUCCUCCUCCGGAAUGCAGAGCUGUGGGGAAGAGGAAGGAGAGGAGGGGGCUGACGCCGUGCCCCUGCCCCCACCCAUGGCCAUCCAGCAGCACAGCCUCCUCCAGUCGGACUCGCAGGACGACAAGAGGCAAGAGCUACAGCUAGAGCAGGCCCCCACUCAGCCCCCUCUGACCGCCGCGGUGAUGUGGCAGCACGCAGCCAGAAUGCGCCCCUCCAGCCCCGCUGAGAGCCCUGGUACUGUGACAGGGCUGAAGAUUCAAAACAGACUGGGUCUGCUCUCCACGGGUGCCCAGCGCAGGUCUUACUUAACUCCUCCUGUCAGAAUAUUGUAAACUAUUUUUAAAAGAUGACUUGAAAUAAAUGCAAAC